AUGCGUGAGUCCACGCUUCCCUGGCGGGUCACCAUGUUGGCUCUAUGGCAGUUUAUUCUAGUCGUUGCCUCGGCGGCGUCCUCAUCUCCUUCUAUCAAUGUUGCUCUUGAGACCUCCUUUGCUGCAGGACCAUAUCUUGUGGAACUAUUGGAGACCGCCGCGCUCGAGAACUCGUCGUCUUACUUUCCUCUCCUCGAUCGCAUUGCAGAAGGUGUUUUUGCGGAGUUGCAAACGGAGCAAGAGCUGUACAAUAAAUUCAUAGACGUGCUACAACAUGACGGACACAUUUCAAGCCCCGAAUCGCUUUCUUCUUUCAAGUUCGCCCUGGCCCUCCAUGCGGCCGCUCCACGGGUCGAGGCUCAUUUCCAGUACUACAACUCUUCAGUGCAACCCCAUUUCAUGGCGGCGCAGGACGCUGUCUGUCCUGUGUGGGUGUAUCUUGACGGCCAGCAGUACUGUUCGCCAGAGCUGGAUCGCGCUCAACAGUCGAUAUCACUUCCAGAAGCCGAGGAAAUGCUUCCGUUUGAUCGAGUGCUGGGUUCGGGUUUAGAUGGUCCCGCUUCUAUUCUGUACGCGGACAUCACACAUCCUCUGUUUGGCCAGUUCCACAAUGUCGUCAGUCAGACUGCCAGAGAAGGAACGUCGACCUACAGAGUUCGGUACAGACCUGCUAUCGGGACAGCCAGAAAGCCUCUGUUUGUCAGCGGCUACGGCGUAGAGUUGGUUCUCAAGCGGACAGAUUAUAUCGUCAUUGACGAUCGGGAUGCCUCUGCCACUGAAGAAGCUCCGGAUGCUGACCAGAAGGCAUUGGAGCAGCCCAAGGACGAUGAGCUCAAAGACCUGAAGCCGUUGACGACAUCUGAAGUUGUUAAUCUUGGACUCAACGCGGCCAGUUUCAUCGCAUCGAGCUCAGACCCAUUGCGGAGUCUGAAGGAUAUCACAUCAGACUUCCCUCGAUAUUCGUCACUCCUUGCGGCUACAAAUGCUAGCAAAGCCUUUAUAUCUGAGCAUCGGUCAAAUAGGGAACGUUUCCUGCCAUCCGGCUACAAUGUUUUCUGGAUCAACGGAGUGCAAAUCGAGCCGCGUCAAAUCAAUGCGUACUCUCUUCUCGACCAUCUGCGACGUGAGAGGCGGAUCAUUGCUGACCUGAAGGGCAUUGGUCUCACCUCCACGGAAGCCAUCAGUCUCCUUUCUAGCGAAGUGAUUGCUGAAGCACAGGCUAAUGAAAUGCCUCAGAGAUUUGACUGGAGAGAUGACAUUGAGGGAGACACAGUGUUGAUGUGGUUGAACAAUCUGGAACAAGACAAGCGAUAUGCGUCGUGGCCAUCAGCGUUGCGGAACCUCUUUCAACGAGUCUAUCCUGGCCAAUUACCCCAACUACGCCGCGACAUACACAAUCUUAUCGUCCCCAUUGACAUGGGAAAUGUCAAAGAUAUCGAACUCGCUGCAACGUCUUUGCAAGGGCUCGUUAGGAGGCAAGUCCCAAUCCGAGUUGCCAUCGUUCCGACCGGCUCCGGAUAUCUCGCCGAUGUAUAUGCCAAAUUGUCAUAUCACAUCUUAGACAAAUACGGAUUAGCUCCAUUGAUGGGCUUCUUGUCGGAGGUCUCUGGUUCCCGAAAACUACCAGCAAAUGCGGAAAAGAGCUUCCAAAACGCGGUGAAAGGCCUUUCUCCGCGGGAAGGCAAGCAAGAACUGUCCUACAACGAGGUCUUGAAUUCUGAGGACUUGCUGAAACGGCUCCAGGCACGGAACGCGUAUCUGACUCGUUUGGCUUUGAAUAGUACCGAUCCUCCCUUUAUCAUUGACGGGGUCGUCCUCCCCAGGACCGACAAUUGGUUUGAGACCAUGAGCUCGCGGUUGUUUGCCGAUCUUCAAUUGCUCCAACAGGCUGUCUACCAAGGUGCUGUCCCUGACGAUAGCUGGAUCCCUGAAUUCUUCCUGCUGGAAGCAUUCCCCCGGCGGAAUGAGAUUGUCUUCCCCCACGAUCCAAAGGAUGUCAGAAUUGUCGAUGUAAGCCAGUUGGUCUCGGAUUUUGCCGAUGAAUUUGACAAUCUCCCGCGCAUUCCUGGCUCAGAGGCAGGCUUAUUGAGUGAUCGAGCUCACCUUUUCGUUGUCACGGACGUGAAUUCCGAGGAGGGAAGGACUUUUCUGAGAGAAGUUCUCGGUUUUCGACAUCAGCAUCCAGAAGCUGAUGUGUUGAUCCUGCACAAUCCACCGUCAGAAUCAUCGCCGUCGGGACUAGAAUGUGCGAUCCACGCAUUGGUUGGCGAAACCGGUAGAGAUAUAACACCUGAACAACUACAGCAGAUCCUUGAUGGCCACUCCAACCAGGCCGACGGAGAGCAGAAAGCCCAUGAAUGCGGUUCUUACUGGAGCUCGAAGGCCAAGUUAACGCAAAGCUUGGGAGUCACACCUGGUGAAACUGGUUUGUGGCUAAACGGUCGUGUUCUUGGACCCACACAUCAUGCGUUAACAGCAGAAGAUAUGGAGGCACUGCUCGGAUUCGAGCGCCGUGAGAGAAUCGCUCCCGUGACGACAGCAAUCACAGCACUUGGAUUGGAAGAUCGAUUCUCCAACCCUCUAAACCUCGCCAAGGUCACUUCGCUUGUGGCCAGAUCACUCAAGUCUGAUCUUCCUGAAGGCUUGAGAGAAUCGGCGCCCUUGAUCAGAAUGGAUCGGUUCAAGAUCUGGAACGACACUCAUACUUCCAUCAAGGUCGCCAACAGCGAAGAUCCCAGCAUCCAGGCUGUUGCUGUAGUGGAUCCAGCCUCUGAAGUCGUGCAACAGUGGGUGCCGAUCCUAGAGACUUUGUCCAAGCUUCACGGCGUCAGCGUCCAGAUCUUCCUCAACCCUAAGGACAGGUUGUCUGAGUUACCUGUGAAGCGGUUUUACCGUCAGGUCAUUAGCUCAGAACCCGAUUUCGAUGAAAACGGCUCCCUGACUACACCGACUGCAUCGUUCUCCGGCGUGCCAAGAGACACUCUGUUCAAUCUUGGAAUGAUUGUCCCCCCAUCAUGGCUGGUGGCGCCCAAGAAAUGCGUCCACGAUCUCGACAACAUUCGACUGAGCAAUCUGGCCGAUGGCGAAAAUAUCGAUGCAUUAUACGAGCUUGAAUAUAUAUUGAUAGAAGGCCAUGCACGGGACGUGACCGUCGGUCCACCACCCCGCGGCGUACAAUUGUUGCUCGGAACGGAGCAAGAACCACAUUUCACCGACACCAUCGUCAUGGCCAAUCUGGGAUAUUUCCAGUUCAAGGCCAACCCGGGAUAUUGGCAGAUUUCUCUCAAACCAGGCCGAUCAUCGAAAAUCUUCCAUAUUGACAGCAUAGGUCCCAAUGGAUAUGCAGCCCAGCCAGGCGAUGAGACCAAUUCGGUGGCACUUCUUUCGUUCCAAGGCGUGACGCUCUUUCCUCGUCUCUCGCGGAAGCCAGGGAUGGAGGAAGAAGAUGUGCUGGAGCCACCAACUUCGGGAAUCGGCGGAGCCAUGGAAUACAUCAGCAAAGGGGCAUCAUUUGCAUCGUCGGCAUUAUCCUCUUUGGGCUUGAAGAAGGGCGGAGCCUCGUCGUCCACGAAUGCCGAGAUCAACAUCUUUUCCGUCGCCUCGGGCCAUCUAUACGAGCGAAUGCUGAACAUCAUGAUGGUAUCGGUGAUGAAGCAUACGAAACAUACCGUCAAAUUCUGGUUCAUCGAACAGUUUUUAUCGCCGUCAUUCAAAUCGACGGUCCCCAUUCUCGCUCAACACUACGGGUUCGACUAUGAAAUGGUGACGUACAAAUGGCCGCAUUGGCUCCGAGGCCAAAAGGAAAAACAGCGCGAGAUUUGGGGUUACAAGAUCUUGUUCCUGGACGUACUGUUCCCGCUCGACCUGGACAAGGUGAUUUUCGUCGACGCCGACCAAAUCGUGCGCACGGAUCUGAUCGAACUGGUCAACCUCGACUUGAAGGGCGCACCCUAUGGAUUCACGCCCAUGUGUGAUUCCCGCACGGAAAUGGAAGGGUUCCGCUUCUGGAAACAGGGUUACUGGCAGACCUACCUUAAGGGCAAACCGUACCACAUCUCGGCCCUGUAUGUCGUUGACCUCAAGCGGUUCCGACAAUUGGCGGCUGGUGAUCGCUUGCGUCAGCAGUAUCAGGCACUCUCGGCCGAUCCUAACAGUCUCAGCAAUCUCGACCAGGACCUGCCGAAUCACAUGCAACAUUCUUUACCCAUCUACAGUCUGAGCCAGGAGUGGCUUUGGUGCGAGACUUGGUGUAGUGAUGAAAGCCUCGCGCAGGCCAAGACGAUCGAUCUGUGCAAUAAUCCUUUGACAAAGGAGCCGAAACUUGAUCGUGCCAGACGACAGGUUCCGGAGUGGACGGAGUAUGAUGAGGAAAUUGCGGCUGUUAUUAAGGCUGCGAAAGCGAAAGAUAAAGCGAGGGAAGAUCAGAGCAAAGAGACCCUGUCGUCGUCAUCAUCAUCCCGGCUGCUUGAACAAGGUGAUGAUGAUGAUGAUGGCGAGCAAGAUCAGAAGAAUAUUAUAGAUGGAGAAGGAGAAAGGCCUCGUGACGAGUUGUGA